AUGAAGUACAACCCUGACGUCUCCUCUUCGCGGCGCAAGAACCGCAAGGCCCAUUUCAGCGCACCCUCCUCGGUCCGCCGCAAGAUCAUGUCGUCAUCCCUAUCCAAAGAACUCCGGGCGAAAUACAACACGCGGUCACUACCGAUCCGCAAGGAUGAUGAAGUAAGGAUUUUGCGGGGGAAAUAUAAGGGCCGGGAAGGAAAGGUCACACAGGUGUACCGCAAGAAAUGGGUCAUUCAUGUUGACCGUGUGCAACGCGACAAAUCCAACGGUGCUACUUCUCCCAUCGGUAUCCACCCCAGCAAAGUCGUGAUUACCACCAUCAAGCUUGACAAGGAUCGUCGGGCAAUCCUUGAUCGUAAAGACAGAUCAAAGACUGCACAACCUGCCGCUACUGAGGAUGUCGAGAUCGUGGAUGUAAGUGACCAUAAUUAG